UUAAAGAGCGGAGGCGGGUCCCGCUCAGCGGAGAGGAGGCGUCCCUUCGCGGCUUCCGUAGCUUCCUUCCUUCCGCUUCCAAGAUGGCGAGCGCGGCCAAGCGGGCCAAGAUGGCGUCCGGAGAAGGAGCCCUGGCCGCCUUCCUGGCCUGGGCCGAGCGGGAGGGCCUCCGGGUCAGCCCCAAGGUUUGUGUGAGCAGAGAGGGCACCGUGGCGGAUUACGGCCUGCUGGCGCGAGAGGACCUUGAGGCGGGAGAAGUCCUGUUCUCGGUCCCGCGGACAGCCCUCCUUUCCCAGCACACCAGCCCCUUGGCCCCCCUCCUGCAGAAAGAACACGCCUCCCUGGAGAGCUCCUCCGGGUGGGUCCCGCUCCUGCUCUGCCUGCUGCACGAAUCCACCGACACUCAUUCCCGCUGGGCGCCUUACCUGUCCCUCUGGCCCGGCUUCAGCAGCCUGGACCUCCCCAUGUUCUGGAGCCGGGAGGAGCGGAAGCGGCUGCUGCAAGGGACGGGGGUCUCGGAGGCGGUGGAGCGAGACCUGUCCAGCAUCCAGGAGGAGUUCUCCUCGGUGGUCCUGCCCUUCAUGAAGGCCCACCCGGACCUCUUCAACCCCAAAGUGCACACCCUGGAGCUCUACAAGCGGCUGGUGGCCUUCGUCAUGGCCUACAGUUUCCAGGAACCUUUGGAUGACGAAGAGGAAGGCGAGCCCAAUCCUCCCGUGAUGGUGCCCCUGGCGGACCUCCUCAACCACGUGGCCAACCACAACGCCAACCUGGAGUACUCCCCGGAGCGGCUGAAGAUGGUGGCCACCCGGCCCAUCUUGAAAGGCCAAGAGAUCUUCAACACCUACGGAGAGUUGGCCAACUGGCAGCUCCUCCAUAUGUACGGCUUUGCCGAGCCGUACCCGGGCAACACCAACGACGCGGCCGACAUCCCGAUGUUGACGCUCCUCCAGGCUGCGCUGGAAGGCGCAAAGACGGACCAAGAGCGGCAGCUGACCUUGGAGCAGUGGGACUACCUCUGCGGCCUGGAGAUGGUGGGUGAGGAAGGGGCCUUUGUGGUCGGAUGGGAGGGCGUCCUGACCGAGGAAGAGCUCUACGUCUCACUAAAGGUGCUGACCAUGCCUGCGGAGGAGUUCAAGGCGCUGAAGGAGCCGGGGGCGGCGGAGCCCAGCGCGAGGGCGGGGGGCCAGCUGCUCUCCAAGGCGGCCCUCCCGGCCCUGAACCCGGCCUGGAAGCGGCUCCUCUCCAGCGCGGCCCUCCUGGCCCUGAAAGCCUACCGUUCGGACCUGAAGUCGGAGGAGGAGACCCUGCAGCAGGGACAGACCUACGCCCGGCUCAGCCCCCGGGAGCGCCACGCCCUUCAGGUGCGCUACGGAGAGAAGAAAGUGCUGCACCAUCUGCUCCAGCUGCUGAGCGCGUGACACAGAAUAACACCACGGCUGCGGCCCCCGCUA